AUUAAAGUCGACGUUAGUUUAGAUUAGUUCGAAUCGCGAGAAGUUAGUUUUUUGUGUUCUUUGUUCGACAAAAAUUGAAAGUAAAUCAAAACAUGACAACGGUCGAGGAAGAAUAUCGCAAAAAUCCCGAAUUAAAAAAGGAAGAUGUUCAGGAAUUGUUGACUUGGGGAACGACGCAACCGCAUUUACCCAAGAUUUCCGAAUUUGAAGCGAUUCAAUUUUUGCACUCAAACUACUUUAAUGUCGAUGCUGCGAAGAAAACUGCUGAAAAUUAUUACACAAUGCGGACCCAAUUCACAGGACUUUUUUCCGAUAAUGAUACCGAAAGUGCAGAAAUGAAGCAGGCACACGAUACUGUAACUUUAGCUUGUCUUCCUCAAACCACUCCGGAGGGAUAUCGCGUCAUUUUUGCCCGUCUCAAAGAUGCGGAUCCAGCAGCGUGUGAUUUCAUGUACAACUUAAAGCUAUAUCUUUUGAUGAUGGACUGGAUUAUCACGCAGCAAGGUACCUGCAACGGAUAUGUGCUCCUGUACGAUAUGACGGGAACGAGUUUUGGUCAUAUGUUUAAAGUGAACAUUAUGGGAAUGAAACAAUAUCUCGCUUACGUUCAAGAAGCCAUGCCCAUCAGACUGAAGAUGGUAGAACACAUCAAUAUGCCGAGUUUCAUUGAUAAGCUUAUCGCGAUUUGUCGACCGUUCAUGAAAAAGGAAUUGAUGAGUCUUUUGAAGUACCGGAAAAAUAUAGAGGAUGCAUAUGAAACAGUUCCGGCGGAGAUUUGGCCAAAAGAUUUUCCGAAUGGAACGUCGCCGUCAAUUGAGGAGUUGCAUGAAUCUUGGUGGGAUAAAAUAAAGUCACGACGAGAGGAAACUUUGUUUCAUGAAAGGCCUCACAAUGGCGAGAAUUUUGUCGAUAAACGGCACCAAGUUGAAAAAGUGAAUUUGUCGCAUGCGAAUUGGAAAUCCUUCUUGGAUGUAAUGCAAGCCAUGUUUGACGGUGAAGAGCCCGAUUGUUUAUCUCUCGUUAAAUGGGUCGGAAACUCAGCGCUCGGGCAGCAGUUUUCAUUUGAAAAUCAAGCAAUGAAGUGGUUAGAAGAGAUUUAUCACAAGCAAAACUCGGCAUUGCGCAAGGACGAUGUGCGCGAAAUUGAACAAUGGCUACUGACGGAGGCAAAUGUUCCCGAUACGUUAGAAGAAUAUCAAAUUGUGCUGUUUUUGCAUUCGAAUUACUUUGAUAUCGAAAAUACCAAGAAAACUAUAAAAAAUUAUUACAAAUAUCGUGCUGAUUAUACGGAAUUUUUCAACAACUUGGAUUUGAACUCGGAAAAAUUACAAAAUGCUCAUGAUAUUGUCACAUUUUGCGUCCUUCCCGAACUAACUCACAACCAACACAAAGUACUUCUCGUGAAAUUACACAACACAGAUCCCGCCGCAUUAAAUUUCGCCGAAGCUUUGAAGCUUUUUUGUCUCGUUGUCGACAUCAUGCUGUACGAAGAAGGCCCUCCGGAGGGUUUUGUGAUCGCCUUUGACAUGACAGGCAUCAAAUUUGGUCACGUCUUGAAGCUCGGAAUAUUCACAAUCAAACAUUUCCUCAACUACUUGCAAGGAGCGAUGCCUGUUCGCAUCAAAGGCUUACAAUUUUUCAACACCGUGCCGUGUACAAGCAAAAUUGUCGCCUUAUGUCGACCAUUUAUGUCACAGGAAUUAUAUGAAAUGCUCAAUUUACACGAAAGCAUCGAGACAGUUUUCCCCCAUAUUCCGCAGGAAUGCUUCCCCAAAGACUACAACGGACAAGCAAUGUCACUCGAGCAGUUUCAUGUCGCGUACUAUAAAACCAUUCACUUACAUCAAAACUUGAUAUUUGACGAGGAGGAAAAACACAAAGAAUUGGCGGAACUGAUGAAAAGUAACAACACUGGUUAUUUGUGGAGUAUGUUUAAGUAAAAAAAAAAUAAUUUUUCGCGGGAUUUUUUGGGAUUUUUUACGACGUUUCGACAACAAGACCUCCGAAAUGAAACUGAAAAAUAAUUUCUUCAAGAGAUAUUUCUUUACAAAAAACACACUUACAUAGGCAACAAUAAAACCGGAUUGAUCACUCAUGCAAGUCGCGCAUAAUUUCUCCAUAAUUGCACAUGUAACACAAAAACAGAGAGAAGUGGGAGAGAAUUUACUCUCAUCUUGUUGUGCGAUUGAAUGAAAUUAUUUUU